CAAGUAAAAGGAGGCGUGUUGUACGUCGCCCAUUCCUGGAUCAUUUUUAAGGGUUCAGUGUACCGCAUAUCUCUGCCCGUCCUAUUUGGACUUUAUUGAUGGAUUUCCGGCGUGACUUUUAUGUCCAGUUUAGAUUAUUUUCAAGCUCUGGAUGAAACUCCUGCAAACUUUCUCAUAUGGGAAUGGACAUUUGGUGAGGUAAGCCAGUUUCCCCAACAUUCUCCUUUCGGGAAGAUGUUAAUUUGACAUUUAAAACUUUAUAUAACCACCGCGUGGUAUUUUUGUCUAAAGUGUGACACUUUUAAGAGUUACAUGAAUGUCAAAGAGAGGUUGAACCAGUAGAACCAGCUUGAGUUUCGCGCAGCUGGAAAAAUCUUCAGGUUCCCUUUAACAAACCAACCAGGAACCGACCAUGGCAGGACUACACAGCUCAAACAUGAAAACUUUAGAGGAUUUAACUCUAGACUCGGGCUAUGGAGCAGGGGACUCGUGUAAAUCUUUAAGCCUGUCCUCUUCCAAAUCCAACUCGCAGGCGUUCGUGAACAGCCCUCACCGGGGGAACUGGUGGUAUUACUCUGGAUCCAUGAACAGCAGGAACAACAGCUGGGACACAGUCAACACAGUCCUUCCCGAGGAUCCAGAGGACAUUUUCUCCAAAUGCCCCCGCUUACCGGAGCUGGAGGAGUUUCCGUGGACGGAGGAGGAUGUGGCGAGGGUCGUGCGUAAAGGCGCAGGGAAGGGGACCUCGUUUUCCACGGAGGCUGUGCGGAGGUUGUCCGCCCUGAUGCGCAGAGCUCUCAUCCGCAUCUCCAGAGAGGCGCAGCGGCUCAGUGUUAUGCACUGUAGAUGCACCCGGUUCGAGGUCCAAAGCGCGAUCCGGCUGGUGCUCAGUUGGGCACUGGCUGACCACUGCGUUUCGGCCACCGUCAAAGCCAUAUCUAUGUACAACAUGAGCGCUGGAGAGCUAUUGCGCAAGGGAAAGUCGGCCCGGUGUGGGCUUAUCUUCUCGGUGGGACGCUUUUUCCGCUGGAUGGUGGACACUCGGAUCUCGGUGCGCAUUCAUGAGUACGCGGCCAUCUGCCUGACCGCAUGCAUGGAGGCGCUGGUGGAGGAGGCGGGCGUGCGGGUGCUUGUGGCGGAGAGGGACGGCGCGACCCCCGGCUGCGUCCUGACAGCAGAGGCGCUGGAGGUCGUCAUCAAUAAUGAUGCUGAGCUGUGGGGAGUCCUGCAACACUAUGAGCAUCUCAUUUGCGGAAAGAACGCCAAUGGUGUUUUGUCGCUCCCGGCUCAUUUCAGUCCAUACACAGAAGGACGUCAGACGGGUUUGGAGAGCAGAGAGGACGCAUACGCUGAACUGGAGCUCCGGACACUCGAGCAGGCAUUACUGGCCACAUGCGUGGGCAGCAUCUCAGAACUAAGUGACCUGGUAUCACGGGCCAUGCACCAUAUGCAGCGUCUCAGUUCAGUCCGUCACGGCCUUAGUCCGGCUCGCCACGUCCGCCAGCAGCCCGUGUCCUGGUCUCCAGAUGCCCUCCACACACUCUACUAUUUCCUGCGAUGCCCACAAAUGGAGUCCAUGGAGAACCCCAACCUGGAUCCACCCAGGAUGGCCCUGAGCAAAGAAAGGCCGUUUCUCCUGCUCCCCCCACUGAUGGAGUGGAUGCGUGUGGCAAUCGUACAUGCCGAGCAUCGCCGCAGCUUAUUGGUGGACAGCGAUGAUGUCAGACAGACGGCACGCCUACUCCUGCCUGGACUGGACUGCGAGCCCAGACUGCUAAAGCCUGAGUGCUGUUUUAGUUCCUUCAGGCGUUUGGAUGCCAAAGCCGCCACAGAUAAGUUCCAGCUGGACCUGGGCUUUCGCAUGCUGAACUGUGGCCGCACUGAUCUGAUCAGCCAGGCCAUCGAACUGUUGGGGCCAGAUGGUGUCAACAGCAUGGAUGACCAGGGUAUGACCCCACUGAUGUACGCCUGCGCAGCUGGAGACGAAGCUUUAGUCCAGAUGUUGAUUGACGCUGGAGCCAAUCUAGAUGUAGCGGUCCCCGUGUGCUCUCCCAAACACCCCUCAGUCCACCUAGACAGCCGCCACUGGGUGGCGCUCACCUUUGCUGUGUUACAUGGACAUAUAUCCGUUGUGCAGCUUCUCUUAGACGCGGGAGCAAACAUAGAGGGAGCGGCUGUUCGUAACGGACAGGAGAGCAGCACCGAGACGCCUCUCCAGCUGGCAUCGGCAGCAGGGAAUUACGAGAUGGUUAGUUUACUGCUGGCACGGGGUGCGGAUCCCCUACUGAGGUCGCAGGACGGCAACACACUGACAUCAUCGCUGUAUGAGGACAUGAACUGCUUCAGUCACGCUGCAGCCCACGGCCAUAGGAACGUGUUGAGGAAGCUUCUCUCUCAGCCUCAGAAGGUCAGGGAUGAUGUGCUCUCGCUGGAGGAGAUCCUGGCAGAGGGUGUGGAGGGCAAGACGGGGAUGUCCGGCCGGAAUGGACACUGUUUACCUCCUCCUCCGUCCCCUAACCUCAGCCUGGCAUCAGCAGUUGCCCUGCCCAAGCUGUGUAAGGCCCGUUUGAAAGCUCUGCAGGAGGCCUCGUUCUGCAGCGCUGAGCAUGGAUACCUAGACGUCACCAUGGAGCUCAGAUCAUUGGGAGUGCCGUGGAAGCUACACGUGUGGCUGGAGUCGUUACGCAGCGCUCAGCAGAAGUCCAGAGCUGGAGUCACUCUAUCCCUCCUCAGAGACUUCACCUCCAUCAAAGAAGAAGACUACUGCGAGGAACUAAUCUGUGUCGGCUUUCCUCUGAUGUUUAACAUCCUGAAAAACAGCAAGAAUGAGGCAAUAAUCCAACAGCUGGGCAUCAUUUUCAGUCACUGUUAUGGUCCUGCUCCUCUUCCUUCUAUCGUGGAAAAGAAAGCAACUUUUUCUGCUCAACUUGACCCUCACUUCCUGAACAAUCCGGAGAUGUCUGACGUGACGUUCCUAGUGGAGGAAAAACCAUUCUACGCGCAUGGCGUUCUGCUUCUCACAGCGUCUGAGAGGUUCAAAACUCUGCUUGCUCAAAAUGGGUCGGACAGCACUCAACCACGCAAGGACAUUGAGAUCAACAACAUCAAGUACAACAUCUUCCAGAUGAUGAUGUCAUACCUGUACUGCGGCGGGACGGAGUCACUGAAGAUGGGCGUCUCAGAGUUACUGGAGUUGCUGUCAGUGGCAAGUUUGUUCCAGUUGGGGGCACUGCAGCGGCACUGUGAAAUACUUUGUGCUCAAAGCAUUGAUCUUGACAAUGCAGUGAACAUCUACCACACUGCUAAGGCUCAUGGUGCGGUGGAGCUCAGCACGUACUGUGAGGGUUAUUUCCUACAGAAUAUGGCAGGUCUGUUGGAGAAGGAUGCCUUCCGGUCGCUGAUCCUGCUGUCCGGCACACGGAGCGCAUCUGGAAAAGACUCUCUUCUGGAAGAGCUGGAGGCAACGUUAGCUCGCAGAUUACACUCACUGCUGGUCACCUCUCGUGUGUAGAAGGAAAAGAGUGGAAAACGCAAGGAAAUUCACAAUAAAGACGAUAUAAAAGGACACAAAGGACAUGAAUGUGUUAAUGUAAAUACAACACAUACUGAGGAAAGACGAACAAAAACCUAUGAUGAACUGACUGAAGGUUAAGCUUUGUGAAGAGUUUCAUGAAUUAUCAAAAACAUUAUGUGCACGCAAGCUUUGGGGGCUUGUGAUAAACAAUGCAAGAAUGUGUAAGAGUUUAAAUUACAUUAUUAAAUGCUGCAGCGUUAUGUGGAUAAAGUUAUCAGAACUCAAUUACAUUAUGAUUGUGUCAAAAUUGCGGACAACAGGUUUCCCAGUCUUUAAUAGACGCCAGUACAGAGUUUGGCUAAAAUGGGAGACUAGAGCAUAUUUUCCUCUCUUUUUUUUCCCUCCAUUAUUGUUUUUAAGCUAAGAUAUAUCUUGUAAUGGAAAAGAAAUGGACAUUUUCUAUUUAAAGAUGGGAGAUUAUUUAAGUUGCAUUUUUAUUUUUGCUUAAUGCCAAGCAAAUAAAAUUAUAUAUGAAUAAAUCUUGUUUUUAA